AUGGUUGACGCGAAGAUUCAGGAGCUUCUUUCCAAGCCACGCUCUGAACUAACGGAAUACGAAGUCGCCCAAGUCGAAGAGCAUGAGCUCACCACCGGACCUCUCUCGAUCCUCCAGACCGCUGUCCGCUCGCGCACACAAGUCUUGAUCUCGUGCCGAAACAACCGCAAGAUCCUCGCACGCGUAAAAGCCUUUGACCGCCAUUGCAACAUGGUCCUUGAAAACGCAAAGGAGAUGUGGACCGAGACGCCACGGUUAGCCAACGGGAGUUACGGAAGGAAGGUUAACAAGGACCGUUUCAUUUCCAAGCUGUAUGUCCAAGGAAAUCCCACGUUGCGCCGUCUGCUAACACUGGUUAGGUUUCUCCGAGGCGAUUCAGUCAUCCUUGUCUUGCUGUCAUAA